ACCGACCCCAACACGCCACUUGUCAUCUUGACAGCAAAUAUUGUGGUUAUGUUUGACAAUGGCAACACCAAUAAAAGACGUGAUUUUGAAAGAAAAUGCGCCAGUUACGAUACUUUUCGACAAACACAUCGAAUUCCUGCGGGACUACGGCAAAGACGACAACAAUUUCGAGUUCGGUAUGACGGACUACCUCCGCGUUUCCGGCAUGUACUGGGGCUUAACAGCGCUGGAGCUCCUCGACCAGACACAUUCCUCGCCUCAGGAAGAGAUCGUCACUUAUAUCAAAAACUGCCAAGACCCGGAAACGGGCGGAAUCAGUGCGUGCUUGGGGCACGACCCACAUUUGCUCCACACUUUGAGCGGCGUUCAGAUUUUAGCAAUGUACGACCGAUUGGACGCAAUUGAUGUCGAGGCUGUUGUGAAAUACGUCAAGUCGUUGCAACAACCCGACGGAAGUUUUACGGGAGACAAAUGGGGCGAAGUUGAUACGAGGUUUUCGUUUUGUGCGGUGGCCACCUUGUCUCUGCUCAAGAGACUGGACGCUGUUGACGUCGACAACGCCGUGAAAUUUGUCGAGUCUUGUAUGAAUUUCGACGGAGGGUUCGGCUCGCGGCCGCUGUCGGAGAGCCACGCGGGGUUGAUUUACUGUUGUCUGGGGUUUUUGUCAAUAACCCACCGUCUUGACUUGGUGAAGAGGGACGUUCUAGCGUGGUGGCUGUGCGAGAGACAGCUACCGUCGGGGGGCCUCAACGGCCGGCCGGAGAAGCUCCCCGACGUUUGCUACUCGUGGUGGGUUUUGUCCUCCUUGACUAUUUUGGGGCGACUUCAUUGGAUAAGUGGCGAGAAAUUAAAAAAAUUCAUUCUGGCGUGUCAAGACACCGAAACUGGGGGCUUCGCAGACCGGCCUGGCGACGUGCCUGACCCUUAUCACACUGUUUUCGGCCUUGCGGCCCUAUCGCUGCUCGGCCAAGCCGAAAUCAAAAACGUCAAUCCCACUUACUGUAUGCCGCAACACGUUAUUGAUAGCAUGCAACUAUCGCCUCAAAUAUUACGUGAUUAAAAUUGAUAGAUCCAACCUUAUAUGCUAAUUUUGAUAAGUUUUAGCCCGCACGUGAUUUUAAUGUAUAUUGGUUUAAUUUUAUAAUGAUAAUAAAGCCGAUUUCUAAGUGA